AUGCUGUCGAGGGCAGCUCGGAUCGCGCGCCUGCAGCCGACUGCGGCGCAGCUCUAUCGCUCUGUCGCUGUCACAUCACCAGCUGCGAGACCUCAGUUUGUGGCCUCAUCAUGGAGAAGAACUUUUGCACAGGAGAAUAAGCCCAAGGGACCCGAGGCCCCUAAGCCCUUCAACAACGAGAAGCCCGCCGAUUCGACACCGGAAGAAACAGCAUCAUCCAAGUCUUCAACCAACACAUCCGAAGCCGAAGCCAAGUCAGAUGCCUCCGAUGCGAACGAAGCGCCUCAAGAGUUCAAGGGUCCUCUGCCCGAUCUGACCCAGGGUAUUCCAUCAACUCUCGCCUACGAGAUGUCUGGAGCAACCAACAAGGCCGCUCUCGCCGCCAUUGCUGAGGAGGAGGCCGUCGCCUCAGGUGGUGGCCGUGGUCGCGGAGAGCUUCCCGAUUCCGCUUACGUCUCGUCAACAGACAGGAAAAGGCAGCAGCUCGCAAACCGUAUGUUCCUUGCCUUCAUCGGCUUCGGCUUGAGCGGUGUCGUCUAUCUCGGACGCAACUGGGACGACAAGGACGAGGAGAAGAGACAUGCCGAGGACGCCCCCAAUGGCUGGUCAUUCGGUGCUUGGUGGAACAGAGUAAAGGCGCGAACAGGCGACUUCCUGAACUACUAUCAAGAACCGGCAUUCGAGAAGCUGCUUCCCGACCCCGACCCGUCUUUCGAGCGCCCCUACACUCUCUGCAUCAGCUUGGAAGACUUGCUCGUCCACAGCGAAUGGACCCGUGAGCAUGGCUGGAGAGUCGCCAAGAGACCUGGCGUUGACUACUUCUUGCACUACCUCAGCCAGUACUACGAGCUUGUUCUUUUCACCAGUGUACCCUUCGCCAUUGGCGAGCCCCUCGUGAGGAAACUUGACCCUUAUCGCUUCAUCAUGUGGCCCCUCUACCGCGAGGCGACCAAGUACAAGGAUGGAGAGUUCGUCAAGGACCUUUCUUAUCUCAACCGUGACCUUUCUAAGGUGAUCAUCAUCGACACCAACGAGAAGCACGUCCAGAACCAGCCGGAGAACGCCAUUGUGCUCCCCAAGUGGACAGGUGACUCCAAGGACAAGGAGCUCGUCAGCCUUAUUCCCUUCCUCGAGUACAUCCACACAAUGCAGUAUGGCGACGUCCGCAAGGUCCUCAAGUCCUUCGACGGCAAGCACAUCCCUACCGAGUUCGCGCGCCGCGAGGCUAUUGCGCGUGCUGAGUUCCAGAAGCAGCUCGAGGCCAAGAAGAAGAAGGCGCCCUCUGGUAUGAGCCUGUUGGGCGGCAUGCUUGGCCUGAAGCCUUCCAACAUGAGCCUGAUGGUCUCCCCUGACGGCGAGAUGAACCCUCACGAGGCUCUGGCCCAGGGCAAGAUGCUCCAGGACAUUGCUCGUGAGCGUGGUCAGCGCAACUAUGAGCUCCUCGAGAAGGAGAUUCGCGAGAACGGUGAGAAGUGGCUCAAGGAGGAGGCCGCCAUGCAGGAGAAGAUGCAGCAGGAGGCCAUGCAGAACAUGAUGGGCUCCUUCGGCGGCUGGUUCGUCAAGAGUGACGACCCCAACAAGAAGCAGUAA